UGCUAGGCCUGAAGGAGGCGGAGUGAGCCCUGCUGGAACCAGGAAGCCCAGAACAUUGCAGCUUGACUGUGGAUGGCCAAGAAGACAAUGCCCAGAACCCACUGACCCCUGGCUGCCAGUGCAGAGCCAUGUCAUCAGGCCCGCAGGUGUGGCACACAGCCGUGCCACCCCCCGGCCGAAGCAACUCCACAGCUUCUGUGCCCAGCUCCCCCAGCUCACCUGGCUCGGAGAAGGUGGCCUCUCCACUGGAGUGCUCCAUCUGCUUCUCAGGCUAUGACAACAUCUUCAGGACACCCAAGGAGCUCACCUGCACCCACGUCUUCUGCCUGGAGUGUCUGGCCCGGCUGGCAGCUGCCCAGCCAGCAGGCCAUCCUGGCAGCGAGGCUGUGCCCUGCCCAUUCUGCAGGAAGCCCACGGCCCUGCCACCUGCUGGGGCCCCAGCACUGCGUACCAGCCGCCAGCUGCAGGCCCGGAUGCCAGCGCACCUGAGGCAUGAGGAGCCAGUGUGGCUGGAGGGCACAAAGCUUUGCUGCCGGCCUCCACCUGCCGCUCAUGGCCAUGCGCCUGGCUUUGUAUGUGUGGAUGUGGGCCUGAGAAAGCCCUCUGAGACCACCAUGCCUGAACCAGCCCCAGUCCCUGUCCGGCGUCGGGGCCGCCUGGCCCGCUGCUGGGCACGCUGCAGGGACUGGAGGCGCAUGGCCCUGGUCUCAGCCCUGCUGCUGCUGCUCUUCUGCCUGGUGCUCUGGCCCGUGCAGUGUGCACUCAAGACCGGAAGCCUGCGCUGCCUACCCCCACAACCCACAGCCACAGCCAGUGCCUUCUCCCUCAGGCCUUUGACCAAUAACUAGGGUCACCAGCCUGUGCCCAGGUCAGCCACCCCACCCAGCUCCACAGUGAGCCCCCCACUGACAGGGCUCAAGGACAUAGCAGCCACUGUAAACCCAUCCUAGAGAGAGAGCACAUCUUGGAGAACCCUAUCUGGGCCCCACUAAGACCUGUAUCCCAUUCAGCUUCCCCUCACUCUUUGAGGCCAGGUCCUGAUGGGAUUAACAAAAAGAUCCCCAAAGCCUUCAAGAACCACAGGAUCCCCUGGGCCCAGGAGAGGAGUCAAGACCCUCCCCUCCCUGUGCUGACUUUUCACCCCUAGGCAGGGCUAGCCCCUCUGUUGGGUGGGCUGUCAGUCUUGCCCUCCAAGACUGAGGGACAGAAGAAUAGAGGCAGGGCAGUCCCCCAGUGCUGAGAUGACUGUAGAAACUUCCUAGCUGCCCCUCUGAGCUUUGAGAGUUGUACAUUUUUAAAUAAAUUAUCUGUGUCCACAUUU